AUGGCGAGCCGCAGGAAGUCCGGCACGCCGUGCAUGCUCCCGUCCCGGGAGGAACGCCCCUCGGGCGAGAGGGCGGCGGACGCGGGCCGGUCCCACAACCACGAAGACAGCGGGGCAGAGGGAGCCCAUGAGAUCGAUUACGAAGAGCUCGAGACGCAUGACGCGCUACGUCGCCCGGGCCGGGACAAAUCGACACGCGAGCCGGCGACGGAGGACGCGGCGAGCCCCGUCGAGACGGCGAGGGUCGAGGACCCGGGGCGGAAGGGGAUCGCCCUCAGCAAGACGCCCAUCAUGAGGUCCCGGCCGGAACCCAAGAAGUUCGCCGCCUCGCGUCAAACGGUCGGCGAAGAGUUCAUCGAAGUGGGGAAUGAGGACGAGGAGGAGACGGAUGAGUACCGAGAGCUGCCCGCGCCACCGGUCGCGACCGCCGCCCGGCUCGUCCCUGUGUCGGCGCCGCUUCAAAUCCAGACAGGGACGCAGAGUUUCCUGGUCAACGGGGCCGACGUGCUGAAUGGCGCCCUGCCGGUGGGCGCUCUGGCCCAGGUCCUGUCGGUUUUACAGAAGCGGAACCAGAUGCAGCUCCUCAUCCCGGUCAGCAGCAUCCCGACCUACGACGCCGCCAUGGACGGCGACGUCCUUCUGCUGGGCGCCUACAACAGGUUUCCUUAUCCCGCGCCGUCGGAGACAGAGGCGCUGGCGGCGCGGACCGGCUUCGCGGAGGAGAACGUCAAGCUUUGGUUCUCGGCUCAGAGACUGAAACGCGGCGUCAGCUGGACCCCGGAAGAGGUGGAAGAGGCGCGCCGAAAGAAGUCCAACGGCGCGGCGCAGACGCUCCGACAAAGCCCGCCUCCGACCAUUGCCGUUAUCCCCGUCCGGGCGGCCGCCGACGGCGUCUUCCGGACGUGCCGGAUCUUGGGUGGGCCGGGCCUGGUCCUCGCGCCGCCACCUGGAGGCGCGAGCCUCCCUGCGGCGGCCCCCGGGGAGAAAGCGGCGGAAGGCGCCGAGCCCCAGGCCCAAAAGGCACAGUCCUCUUGCGCCUCCAAACCCAAAAAAUCCAAAGAGCAGCUGGCCGAGCUGAAGGCCAGCUACGGCCGGCGCCGGGUGGCCACCGAGGCAGAGAUUUCGCGCCUCAUGCGGGUCACCGGACUGUCCAAGCGCGCCAUCAAGAAAUGGUUCAGCGACACGCGCUACAACCAGAGGAACUCUAGGGAGCCUCGGCGGGAAAGCGCGGCGGCCGAAGGGGAUGCCGGCGAGGAGGCGAGCGGCCCCGGCGAAGAGCCGGCAGCCCCCUUGCCGGUAGCCUCCUCACCGGUCACCCCCUCGCCGGCCGUCCCCGCGGAGCGCCGCGGAAAACUCCGCCACGCCUUCCCGGACUUCACGCCCCAGAAGUUCAAAGAGAAGACUUCGGGGCAGCUCCUCAUCCUGGAGUCCAGCUUCCGCAAAAGCCGCACACCGUCCGACGAAGAGGUGGCGCGCUUGCGAGCGCAGACCAAGCUGACGCGUCGCGAGGUGGACGCCUGGUUCAGCGAUCGGCGCAAAGGCCGGGCGCGCGAGGCGGGCGUGCCGCCCUCCGGCCGCCGAGCGUUGAAGAAAACCCCGGCGCAGCUGGACGUCCUGAAGAAAGCGUUUGUGCGCUCGCGCCGGCCGACGGCCAGGGACUACGACCGGAUGGCGGAGGACAGCGGCCUGCCGCGUAGCUACGUGGUCAACUGGUUCGGGGAGACUCGCUACGCCGUCAAGAACGGCAGCCUCAAGUGGUUUGACCUCUACUGCGCCGGCAAGGCGCGAGCGUCGCCGGACGGAGCAGCCAGAAUGCCCAAGAAGUCCAAGAAGCGUUUCCGGGGCCGGUCCGGGAAGUCGCGGCGGCCCUGCGCCCUCAAACGGGAAGCGGACGCACCCGGCCAGGCAAAGAGCGGGAAGGCCUUCCUCAGGGCUUACUUCCUCCAGCGGCGAGACCCGAGCCGGGACGAGGAGCGCCCGGACGACUCGGCGGCUGGGGCCGACGUGAGCGCGCGGAAGGUCGGGGAGCGGCGUGAGGACGACGACCGAGGAGGCGCCGACCGAGACCCGGAACGUCCGCGGGAGGAGGAACCCGCUCCGAGCCCGACGUGA